AUGUCACAGGUACUGAAUGUUCCUAAACGUAAACUAGUCAUUGUUGGUGAUGGAGCUUGUGGGAAGACUUCAUUACUAUAUGUUUUCACUCUUGGUGAAUUCCCAACGGAAUAUUUCCCCACGGUAUUUGACAAUUAUGUGAUCGAUUGCAGAAUAGAUGGUAAAGCUGUUCAACUUGCUCUUUGGGAUACUGCUGGUCAAGAAGAAUAUGAAAGAUUGCGCCCUUUGAGUUACAAUAAUUCCCAUGUAAUAUUAAUUGGAUUUGCUAUAAAUAUUCCUGAUUCUCUUGAUAAUGCUGCUACAAAAUGGUCUGAAGAAGUGAGAAAUUAUUCUCCAAAUAUUCCGUUUUUACUUGUGGGACUUAAGAAAGAUCUACGGUUAAAUUCUUCUUUAGAAUACGUCCAACCUUAUCAAGGUGAAGAAGUAGCCCGUGAAAUAGGUGCUAAAGCAUAUUUGGAAUGUUCUGCAUUAACAGGUGAGGGUGUUGAUGAUAUUUUUGAAACUGCCAUGAGAAUAAGCUUAAUGGUUAAAGAUAAAAAGGAACAAAAGGGUUGUUGUACGAUAUUUUGA